AACUCUCGUUUACGAGUCUUCGCCUGCGAGAUUUCGUUCUCGCAAAGGAUUUUUGGGUAAAGUGAGUGUUCAUGGGAAUCUUGCAGCCGGCUAUUGCCUAAUCUUUUAAAGUGACAAAUAUAACUUGAUCUUUAUUAAUAAUAAUUCUUAUUGAUGUAUUUAUUCAUUAAACAAUAAUUAAAAAAGCCAUUUUCAUUUCAUAAUAUACUGAUGCAUAUAACUGUUUCCUCUUAGUUGUACAAAAAAUGCAAUAGUACAUAAAUACUGCAAGUUUCUUUUUUUUGGAAACAAGAAAUUGCAAAGAUGCUUUUUAAAAUAGGCAUGGAUUAUCUUAAAGAAGAAACCGAGAUAUCAGUGGAAGACAAAAUUGAGAUUGAAAAUAAUAUAGACGAACAAGUUACCGUACAACCACUAACAAUUCAAGGAGCUCAUAUAGUUUCUUCCCUCCCGCCAAUGAAAAUUCAUGCAAAAGAUCUGGCUAAGUUAAAUCAAAUACCCACAAUACAUUUAUCGGAUGGAAGCGGUAAUACAUUUGGACUUUUGGAAGCUGGAUCUUUAACCGAUACCCAAAGUUUUCUCUCAACUUCUGACUCAAACUCAUUAUUAGGCAUCAAUUUAGAUGGCGAAGUGCUGUCUCUUAAUACCGAUAGUACAGAGUAUAAUCCACAAUAUGAUACCGUUAGAAUUUUAUCAACGUCUGAUAAAUCAGAAACUUCAAAUCAAAUAUCUACAACAGCUUCGCAGGCUCCCCCUAUGAUCCAGCAAAAAACUGUACCAAUUCCUGCUAUAUCUAAGGUUGAUUCACAUACGUCUUCGUCUAGUCCAAAAAAGUCGCAGACAUCGGAAAAAAUGUACAAGUGUCCCUUUCCAAAUUGCAAUCGUUUGUAUAGCGCUCCUCAUCAUUUAAAAGUUCAUGAGAGAAUUCAUACUGGUGACAAGCCUUAUCGUUGUACAUAUGAAGAUUGUUUAAAAUCUUUUGCAACGUCUUACGCUCUCAAAUCUCACUUAAGAGUUCAUACUGGUGAAAAACCGUACAAGUGUUCAUUUGAUAGCUGCAGUAAGGCGUUCAAAACGUCUGGAGAUUUACAAAAACAUACUAGAACUCAUACAGGGGAAAGGCCUUUUAAGUGCCCUUUCGAAGACUGUAAUAGAUCAUUUACUACAUCGAACAUCAGAAAGGUUCACAUUCGAACUCAUACUGGCGAAAGACCUUACGUCUGUACGGAAGAAAAUUGUGGUAGAGCGUUUGCCUCUGCGACUAAUUAUAAAAAUCAUAUGAGGAUACAUACGGGCGAAAAACCGUACGUUUGCCACGUUCCAGAUUGUGGAAAGAAAUUUACAGAAUAUUCUAGCCUAUUUAAGCACAACGUCGUUCAUACUCAACAAAAACCUUAUGCUUGCCACGACUGUGGUAAAACCUAUCGACAAACAUCAACAUUGGCUAUGCACAAAAGAACAGCCCACAAUGAUGAAGGACCCAUUUCCAUGCAAACAUAUAUGAUAGAUGAAUUAGUAAAUUCUGGAAAGAAAUCACCACCUCCAAAAGCCGAUAAGGAGCAAAAUUCGACCAAAGCUGUUGUUCCAAAUAUAUCAUUCCUAUCAGCCGAACAAGCUGCCGAAGCUGUGGCAGCAGGUGGGGCAUUCCUAGUUACCCAAACUCCCUCCGCUUCGAAUAUACACCCGGUUUUCGUUCGAGUACCCUCCGAUAAUGGAAACGAACAAUAUAAACAAGUGCAAACAGCAGACAGCACACAAAUUAUAAUGGUCAGUGAUCCUUCCCAUAUAGGUGUUUUACAAGACGACGAUUCUGGUAUGGUGGAAGAAGAUGGACAAGUAGAAUUACAAAUGGUUAGCGGGGAAGACGUUGGCGUUCUAAGUGAGAAUGAGGUUAAUUGA